AUGUCAGCCAUCAGUAAUCCUGGUACAACAACAACAUUCGGACGAAACUCUUCUUAUCCCACAUGUGAAACGUUAUCUUUCCAUUCUCAUAAUCAGUCGGGUGUUUAUAAUGGACGACGAUGUUCAUCAACAACAAUACUUCCUUCAGUAAACGAGCAAUCUUUGAAAGGGAAUUCUGUCAACUAUCGCACACUUGAUCGGCAAACACAUCUGAAUUUAACCGAAAAUUUAUCUUGGUUAGAACGUUGUAAACAGCGUUUGACGAAUCUUUUCAAACAAAUAUCCAAAUCGAACGCAGCUAAACAAGAUUCAAUAACGAUGAUCAAUACACUUCAGCAACAAUCAUCGAUAUUUAAUUAUGAUCCUGAACUUGAUUUACGAGAAGAACAUUUAUCACUCGUUGCCAAACGUCUACUGACCACAUUACGCGAAAGCAAAAUCAAACAUUUAUCAUGUGACAAUCUGUUUAUUCCAUGCAAUCAUAUUCGUAACAUUGCGCGACAAUGUUUGAUCAUGUCAGCUGAAGAACCAUUUGGUAUUAUGGGUGCGCAAAUCAAAAUCAAACUCACUCUCCUCUCACCCAACCUCACGACAACAAUCACCAAAUAUUUGCCGAUCAUUCAGAUUAACCCGAAACAAAAGACCACGUUCGAAAUCGAAAUCGAUCUUCAUGAAGAUACGAAAGUAUUUACGAUGCGACGACUUCUUCCAUCAAUGAAGAUGUUCAAACAAAUGAGAGAACGAAGUCCAUUGUAUGUAAGUCCCCGGUGUAUUCUUGUGAAAAAUGUCUUCUAUAAAACAGCUGAACCCAAACGAGCUUUUGUUGAUUCUUUAGCUUAA